AUGUCCUCCCGGCCUGGACGUGACCCGCCGCUGCCUCCGAUCUUGAGCUCCGGCGUGCCUGCUGCCCCUUCGAAUCCUCCUCGCAAGACUACCGUGGUUCCUGCCCCCGAAGGCGCUCAGAGACGCCCAGCAGAGCACCAGAAUGCGCCGACGAUGGCCAUGAUGAACGGCACUACCCCCACCGGCCCAUACCGCCGGGGGCACCAUCGGUCAAUCAGUCACCCGUUCCCAUUUGCUGGACUCGGGAGAAGACGUGGCAGGGCAAAAGCCAACAUGUGGAAUUCAGAUUCAGACUCCGACGAGGUCACAUACCCGCCGAAGCCUGUUGAAGGGAGCCCCCGCAAAGACUCGAAAGGAGGAGGGGACCUCGCAGAAACGAAAUGUCAAACCUGCAACUCGACUGUACGAUGGCCACAGAACUUGAAGACAUUUCGCUGUUCUGCUUGCUUGAUGGUCACCGACCUUGAUGGCGAAUCUUCGACUCGUUCGACCGAAUCGAAAGGCUCCAUCAAACCAGACGGUGAAGACCGGUCUCGAGAGGGACGUUUUAAGAAGCACCCCUACGACGAACGCCCAUUACCACCGCUGCCGCCAUCAGCACGGCCGUUAGAGCCGAGGCCAGCUAAGCGCCUCAGUGACCUGAUUGACAGAUGUCUUUCGAUGUACUUUGACGGUCUUCUAGAUGGAUCCCGAUUGAGAUCGGCACAAGAGGACAACUACAGUGGCCGAGUCUGUCCUUCAAAGCCAGAGGGCUCGUCGUCAUUGGCCACACAUAGCCCUAGUGGCGGUUACCUGUCGGCUUCUCGAGACCCUCGCAGCCGCAGCACGUCUGGAUCUGGUCAACGACUCGGCCUGCCGAAGGAUAAAUCCACCUUAUUGAUGCCGCACACGGUUCAGUGGGGAGGCAAGGACGCGCCAAUCCGAACUCGAGCCAACUCGGAUCUACAGACUAGUCCAAAGGUCGAUCGCAAACCCCACGAUCGUCCAACUCAACAUUCGGAUUUGGAGAACAAAGACCGUGAAUCUCGCUCCUGGGUAUUUGAACGAUUGGAAAAUUACCUGAUUGCUGCUUUCAAAGGCAUCGACGUUAUCAAUUCAUCGUUCUCAACCCAUCAACCCUCCAUUCGGUCGGCUAGUAGCGGCAACCCCCCGAGGAUGAAGCUCGACCCAAGUGCCAUGAUGGAACCAGCAUUAAAUGAAGCAGUAUUUGAGCCAGAUGCCAAAACUCUUCUUUUGGGAGACUUGGCUGAGAACUCGUCUUGGUGGAUGACAGAAUGGGCCCAGGCCGAGGGCCACAUGCCUUCCUCAGCUAAGGAUGGAGCCAGUCACGAUUCUCGCUUAGUAUCCUCGAGAACUCCUCGAAUCAACUGGGCCGAAGUGGGCCGGUGGUAUCAAUUGCUUCUCACUGCGGGCAGCUCUUGGGCAGAGCGCUGGGUGGCUAAGAAGCCUGAUCGUUCACGUUCAGAAGCCGAUUCAGUCCGGUACAUGAGAUGGGAGUCGGCGGAUCUGUCUCGUCUGGAAAGAGAGAUUAUUGAUUCACGCCUACACCUCCAGCGGACAUUCCUGAAAACGGUCGAAAAUCUUUUGAAGCGCCCACGCCGUCUCGUGAAGAAGGCGGACGACACCAGGUGGUUGUUCAUAUUGCUUGCCAAUCCUUUGCUGUCAUCACCCAGUGCUUAUACUCCGACACGAUCUGCACAAGUUCCACACCGUGAUGGUCGACGGCCAUCCCACCCGAAUGAAGGCCCACGACCAGCAACCAGGGACGGCAAGUCUUCUCGCAAAGACCACACUCGCCACGGGGGCUCAAAUCAUCAUUAUGGAAUCGUGAAGCGGAUUCUAGGUCUGAUGUCCAAUGUUUCUAACGAAUGCCAUCACCAUUUUAUCUCCUGGUUCGCUCGAUUUCCUCCCAGUCAAUUCGAACGGAUUGUGGAACUGAUAGGCGGCUUUCUCACCUAUCGAUUGACUCGUCAACAUGGCCGUAAGCGCUGCGAGAUCACGAAUGAUGGAGAUGAGCUUGUUCCAAGCUUCGCCAGCGCUGCCGGUAACACGCCAGCCGAGCUACAUGCGGCUCUCAAUAAUCGACGAAGCCCGAACAAAAAGCCAGCGCAGAAGAAGGAAGCACCGGUGGCAUAUGCGGAAGACUGGCAGAUCCGAGCCGGCUCAAGAAUUCUGUCUCUGUUGUUCACCGCGAACACCGAAGGAUCUAGGAAGUCCGACGUGCAUUCGUGGGACCCAAGGACCCUGCGCUAUGCUACCCCUGCUGCGAACCAGUCAGGACGUCGUGACAAUUACAUGGUCCCUAUCAGUGCCUUCUACAACACCUUGCUGGACUAUUCCGAUCUGAUAGCCGACUUCGAAAUCUGGGAGUCAAAAAGCUCCAAGUUUUCGUUCUGCCAAUACCCGUUUCUACUUAGUAUCUGGGCUAAGAUUCACAUAAUGGAGCAUGAUGCUCGUCGUCAAAUGGAAGUCCAAGCUCGCGAGGCCUUUUUCAGCAGCAUUCUCAACCAUCGGGCGGUCAGCCAAUAUCUGAUUCUGAAGGUGCGGCGAGAAUGUCUCGUUGAAGACAGUAUGCGCGCUGUGAGUGAGUCCGUCGGGGCAGGGUCUGAGGAGAUCAAGAAGGGCCUCCGUAUCGAAUUCGUCGGAGAGGAAGGCGUUGAUGCUGGUGGUCUGCGCAAGGAGUGGUUUCUUCUGCUUGUCCGGGAGGUUUUCGAUCCGCACCAUGGUCUGUUCAUUUACGAUGACGACUCCAAGUACUGCUACUUCAACCCUUAUUGCUUCGAAUCAUCCGAGCAAUUUUACUUGGUUGGAGUCUUGCUCGGACUUGCGAUUUACAACUCCACGAUUCUUGAUAUUGCCUUGCCGCCAUUUGCCUUUCGAAAAUUGCUUGCAGCUCCACCACAGAAUACUGGCUCGCAUCCAUUAAACCAUCACCGUUCGAGGUUCAAGUGCACAUUAGAUGACCUUGCUGAGUUCCGACCUGCACUUGCUAAAGGCCUUCGAGGCCUACUGGAUUUCGAAGGCGAUGUCGCUGAGACUUUCUGCUAUGACUUUGUCGCUCAAGUCGAUCGGUACGGAGAAGUUGUGACUGUGCCGCUGUGCACAGGAGGCGAAAAUCGCCCAGUGACCAAUUCGAACCGACGUGAAUUCGUGGACUUGUAUGUUCGCUACCUCCUCGAUACAGCGGUGACCAAGCAGUUUGAGCCGUUUAAACGGGGAUUCUUUACAGUGUGCGGCGGUAAUGCUCUGUCACUAUUUCGAUCGGAUGAAAUCGAGUUACUGGUUCGCGGCUCAGAUGAACCCCUUGACGUGACGUCCUUACGGGCAGUUGCUACCUAUGAUAACUGGUCAACUCACCGACCCGAAUCAGUGGCGGUGGUGCAAUGGUUCUGGGAUUUCUUCGAAACCGCUCCGCCCCAGGCACAACGUAAGAUUUUGUCUUUCGUCACCGGUAGUGACCGGAUACCCGCCAUGGGCGCGACUAGCCUGUCCAUGCGGCUCGCUUGUCUCGGAGACGACUGCACCCGUUAUCCGAUCGCACGGACCUGUUUCAACACCCUGGGUUUGUACCGCUACGGCUCCCAGGAGAAGCUCCAAAAGCUGCUUUGGGAUGCAGUUGUGAAUAGCGAGGGCUUUGGAUUGAAAUGA